AUGGCGGGACCUCGCCGCCUGGGGUCCAGGACAAGAUGGACGGCAACAGCACUCGUAUUUUCCACGCUGGCUUCGGCGCAGCUUCCAUACAUUCCAACAACGAUUCUUCUCCCACCACCAGACAAGAAUGGGCAUCCCAUCGGCGCAGCUUACAUCUUCACGCCCACCGGAGACGAUAGCGCCGUCGAGCUCUUGUCACUGAACCUUUCAUCUCUCACCACAACAGUGUUAUCCACCCCCCCCAUCACCGGCGCCUUCACGCCGACUAUCUUCGCCAACGGCACCUUGGGUAUUUUCGCCGGCGACUGCUCCUCCCAGUCCGAUGGCUCCCUCUGGACAUGGUCCCCAGACUCAGCAUCAUCAACCCCUCCCCGAUGGCACCCCCACCCCCAACCCUCUCUUACGCCCUUCCACCUGGGAAGUACAAUCUCCUUUUCCCUCCAGCUGGCUCCUGCUGUCUCCCCGCCGACCCUUUACCUGUACGGGGGUAUGUGUCCCUUCACCAACCUCUCCGACCCCAUCCCUUACGACAGCCAGCAAUCCUCGGCCAUCUACUCCAACUCCAUGUUCCGCCUCCCCCUUUCAGCCCCCUCAACCACCUCCUCCCAAGAAGGGGAAUACCUCUCCUCCCCCGGCCCCCCCAUCCCAAACGCGGGGUUCACCCUCACCGCCCUGCAGCCCUCCCUCUCCAACCGGACCACCGCGUCUGGAGAACGAGCCCUGACCCAGCAAAACGGCUGGGUUUUGCUUGGUGGACACACCCAACAAGCAUUUAUCAACAUGAGCACCGCUGCAGUCUGGUCACUGCCUGAAGAAACGUGGAGUUUUAUCCCUAUUCACGGAGACAAGAAAGUGGACAGUCGGAGCGGGCACACUACUGUUUUGAGUGAGGAUGGGACGAAGCUGGUGAUUUAUGGAGGGUGGGUGGGGGAUAUGGGGCAGAGGGCGGAGCCGGAGGUGGUGGUGGUCGAUAUGGGGUUGGGGGGGUUGGGGGAUUGGGCAUGGGCGGAUGGAGAGGGAGUAAAAGGAAGUGGCGAGGGGGAAGGGAGAUACGGGCAUGGGGCUGCGGUGCUGCCGGGGGAUGUUAUGGUUGUUUAUGGGGGCUGGAGGAUCGGUGGGGAGGAGAUGAAGAGAAAGAGACAGGACGGGGAUGGGGAGGGGUUGAGGUUUUUGGAUUUGAAGAGGAUGGAGUGGGUUGAUGAGUAUGUACUUCCAAACCCGAGUUCGAGUUCGGCGGGGAGUGGGCAGGGGGGUGAGGGAAGCGAGGGGAGCGGAUCGGGCGACGACGGCCAGGGAGAAGGGGGUGACGAGACCAAGAAGACGCAGAUUGGUCUUGGUGUUGGACUGGGUGUUGGGUUUCUGGUCUUGUUUUCGGUGGCUGUGUUCAUUUUUUGGCGUCGGCGCCAACAGCAAACUCGCUCUCGAAACGAUGCCCUCCGGGAUUUGUCACAGGGUAUCAAUGGUUCCCUCCCGAGGGGGAUUACGUCGGAUGAUAAUGACGACGAGAUGCUUGAGCGGGAACACGGGUUGAUGCUCCCUUGGACUGCGGCUUCGGCCAGGGAAUGGUACAUUGGUGGCGGCGACCCCUAUUCUCAAGGGCGAAAGUCACUAGCUUACGAGGGUUUGCGAGGUGGAGUCAGAAAGACCGGGGGCUCUUUGUAUAUGCCACCACCACCACCCUCGGCGAAGAACGCGAGAGGUUUAUACCAGCCGACCAACAAGUCGACAUCGUACGAAUUUGGGCCCGGAGGAGGAGCAGGCCGGUCAAAUCUCAUCUCGCCGAUUUACGAAGCCGACGAGGACGACGAGGGCGACCUCGGCCAGCAACCCCGGCACCGUAACCUUGGCCGUGCGAGCCCAGAAAAGCCACGGGACUCGUCCGAGGAUGACGACCCGUUCUUGACGCCGACAGCAGCCACCACCCCCAUCGGCGGCUUCUUCCCCCCACCGAGCAUCAGCUCCCGAAGCGGCGGCUCCAGCCCCGAGCGCAAACCACCAGCACCAGCACCACCUCCGAAACCUCAAGAUCCAGAGGUGCAAAACUGGCAAAACGACGUUGAUGUCGCCGACGCAGUACUCGCCGCUAGAAUCGGGAGAAGCAAGUCCAUCGCGGCAAAGACGCCCCCGAGGUUGUAUCUGGGCCGUCAGAAUAGCGUUACUGGCACCCGGUCACCAACCAGAGGACCCGAUACGCCUACUCUCUUGGUUGAGGAACGGACAGGAAGUAACCUUUCUGAAGCGAGCGCAUUCUCGUUUGUUCCUGGUGCGGAGAGACAGCAACUGAGGGUUGCCACGGCCGCUGGGGAGGCCAAGCCAUCCAGCAGUGGCAGUGGAGGCAGCUCCUCCUCUGCACCGACGUUUAGCACCGCGAGGUCUAGUUUUCCUGUUCUGCAGAGCGAAGGCCCGGGGCUGCUGCACGGCGGUCGGCAGGCUGAGACGUAUGAUGACGGGCAGGGCGGGUAUGAGAUUUACAAUUAUGACGGGUACAAAGACGAGGAGGAUGCCGAUUAUGUUUACGUGCCCGGGAGUCCUUCGAAAUCAAAAGCUCCGCAGCGGAGGUCGUGGUUGGGGAGCAUAAGGCGGGUGUUUGAGAAGGGAACGCCGGAGUCGUCGGCGACGGGGGGGAGCAGAGAGGAUCUGAGCAGCCCGGGAGGGCAGCUGGAGGCCGGCACGGGGGUGGAUGGCGGGUUGGUUCGGAGGCAGGGGACGCUGCAAAGACGGAAGCAGAACCGGCAGAGCUGGGGUGGGGAAGAGACGCAGGACGGGGAGUGGGAUGUUGAGCGGGCGGUGGAGCAGAGGUUGGUGCAGGUUAUGUUUACUGUCCCAAAGGAGAGGUUGAGGGUGGUGAAUGCGGAGAUUGAGCAGGAAGGGGAGGUGGGGGAGGUGGUGAGGGAGGGGGAUAGGGAGUUUGACGCCCGGUACUAUGAUACUUGGGAUACGAAUGGACCGCCUGCUCCGACAGAGCAGGACAAGGGGAAGGGCAAGCUGCCCGAGAUUGAGCUGUUACGGCCACCAGAGGGCGAGGAAGACGAGGAGAGAGACAGGAAGAGGGAGUCAGUCGCGGGCAGUAUCACGACCACGCAUACGAUGGGGAUAUCACCUUCCACGUCUUUGCGCCAGGCGGAGAUCAAGACCGAGGGGUUGCACACUGCCGAGGCGGUUAGGUAUGAGAGGUUGGAGGUGAACCCUGGGGUGAGCCUGAGUCCCACUACCAUGACACCAGAGAGAGUCAUGCGACCCAAGAAGUCGAGGUCCAGGGUAUUGGAGAUGGUGGAGAGCAUCGAAACGAAGAGCUCGAGAAGCUCGCUGAGAGGGGGUGAAGAGGACGAGGUGACGCCCAAAAAGGGGUGA